AAGUUCCGCCAUCAGUGCGAUCCUUUUGAUUCGCGCGAGUUUUGAGAAGCUUCUGCUACCUACGUAUGUGUGCGUUGCAUAUUUGCACGCAUACAUUAUCGGCAGUAGCUCCCAGUUUCCAGGCAGCAGGCUACAGUUGGAUAUUCCAAAUGCGCGUGUACUGAUUCAAGUUGGAACGCCGAAGUUGAUAACCGGCGCCGUGCUUGGCCCUGCAAUCUUCUGUGUCAUGAAGUAACAGACCGACCGGCGAAACUUGUGUUAUGGUUCCGUUAAAGCCUUCGUUAAUGGAAUUCAUAUCAUGUACAUUUUUGAUACCUUAUCGUACUUCGUUGUGUAGCAAUAAUCACAAAAGAUUGAAAUUUCUGCUGCUGCAAUUGUGAAUACUCGUAACAACUCAAUUAGUCAUAUUAUUGUAAUAGAAUUUCAAACCAGAAAAGUGUCUGUUGAUUUGGAUGUGAAGAAUGAAGAAGAACUAUUUUUUUAUUUUAGUUACUAUUUUAUUUAGUUUAGUAAAGUUGAAUCAUGCGAUUAUUUUAGAAGGUGCUCUAAUAGGUGGUUUAGUUUCUUUCGGGGCAUACUUUGGUCGGUGUAAAUUUUAUGAAUGCUGUGAUGAUGAAUACAUACCUCGCCAAACAUUCAAACUCAAACAAGACCUGAAUGAAAAAUUAUAUGGUCAACAAAUUGCUGUAGAUCUUGUCUUUAGUGCAAUCCACAGCCACGUUCAUCAUGAAAAUCCAAGGAAACCACUUGUGCUUAGUUUUCAUGGUUUACCCGGCAGCGGAAAAAAUUAUGUUGUGACAAUGAUUGUUAAUUCUUUGUUCAAACUUGGAGAAAAAAGUAAUUAUUACCAUUUUUUCAACGGCAGAAGUGAUUUUCCAUCAGAUGAAAAUGUAUCUUACUACAAGAUCUAUCUUCAAAAUGUUAUUCAAGCGGCACUUUCUAAAUGUGAGAGAUCAGUUUUUGUCUUCGAUGAGGUUGAUAAAAUGCCUCAAGGGCUAUUAGAUAUUUUGGUGCCUUUUAUAGAUUAUACAAGUUAUGGUAGUAGGAAGAAAAGUAAAUCUAUUUUCAUAUUCUUAUCAAACACAGGGAGUCACCAAAUUCUAGAUAGAAUGAUAAACAUUUGGGAGAGUGGUAGAGAUCGAAAUAAUGCUACUAUAUUAGAUUUUGAAUCACUCAUUGCAAUUGGUGCUUUUAAUGAAGACGGAGGCUUGUUCAGAAGUUCUACUAUUGAAUCAAGAUUAAUUGACCAUUAUGUACCUUUUCUACCUUUGGAAAGAAAGCAUGUAAUUAUGUGUAUAAAAGAUGCGUUUGCACAUUUUAGUCUUUAUGAUCCUUCUGAACAACAAAUUCAAUCGGUGUUAUCACAUGUAACUUUUGGACCAAAUCCCCAUAAUUUAUAUUCUACUUCUGGUUGCAAAAGACUAGAUUACAAAGUUGCAUCAGUGGUUCAUGCAAGUAGAGGAGAUUUUGUUUAAUAUGUUUUACUAAUUGCAAGUAUCUGUCUUUGAAAGUAUAGAUGCAGAGGAGAAAAACUUUUGUUUAAUUAUUAUUGUUUUUAAGCCAUUGUUUUUCCAAAUUAUUUUUUCACUAUCAUGAAUUAAUUUAAAGAUUAGGAUGUUUUCAAAAAAUUAUCAGAUCUAUUCAUGUAAUUAAGAAAAAUGCCUAAAGUACUUUAAAAUUAUAACAGAUAAUUAAACACUCUCUGAAAUUGGAGUACCUAUUUUUAUAAAUUAUGCUAAGAAUAAAACAUCAUUUGAUAAAAAUUUUUUAAUUAAAAAAAUCAAGAACGA